GACCAGAUCAGCUACAAUAGCGCAAUCAGCGCGAAAGAUCAAAAGCAUUGGAAGGUGGGUCUCCUCUUGUUGUCGGAGAUGCCAAUGGCCCGGGUUAGCUCCAAUGUCAUCUCCUACAGCAGUGCCAUCAGAAGCUGCGCUGUCCGAUGGUCACUUGGGCUACAGCUUUUGCACAACAUGCUCAUGAUCCAGCUGCUUCCGAAUGAGAUUGUCCUGAAUUGUGUUGUUCACGCUUCUGUGGAUUGCUGGCAAGCUGGCUUGGCAAUUUUGCAUUGCAACCUCACUGGAAGCCUCUCAUUUCCAAACAAGAGAAGCUACAGCAGCGCCAUCAAUGCCUGUGCAAAUGACAGUCAAUGGCAAGUUGUUCUUAGACUUCUCGAUGAUGUACAAGAUGUACAGAGUAAAGAUUGGGGAGGAAACGAAUUUAUCUACAGCAGCGCGAUUAACGCCUGUGAAAAGGCAAACCAGUGGCAGCGAGCCCUCAUCCUUUUUGAGGAAAUGACUUCCAAGAAGAUUUCUGCCAAUGAAUUCAUUUACAGCAGCGCGAUCAGCGCUUGCGAGAAAGCAGAACAGUGGCAGAUCUCUGUCUUCUUGUUGGACUUGAUGUAUUCGACUGGAACAAAGACCACGGAUGAAGUGACUUCCAAUGGGACAAUUAGUUCCUUCAGCAAAGGUCAACAGUGGCAGCAGGCCAGCCACUUUUUAGCAGCUAUGCAAAAGCAGCGCGCUCCACAUGAUGUCAUCAGCUACAACAGUACCAUCAGUGCCUGUGAACGUGGUGGAGAAUGGCAGUUGGCAUCCAACUUGCUGGUCACAAUGCCAGGGUUGCAAGUGCUCCCAUCUGAAAUUAGCUACAACAGCGUCAUCAGUGCCAAUUCAGAAGCAAACUGGCGGGCAGCUAUAGGCACCCUAAGCCUGAUGAGUUCACAGCCGAAUGAGAUCAGCUACAGCAGUGUAAUCAGUGGCUUUGAGAAAGCUACGAGAUGGGAGGCUGCGCUUUCGCUCCUUCCAAAAGCUUGUAAUGCUGUGUCGUACAACAGUGCAAUCAGUGCUUUGCAGAGCUUUUGGCCAAGAGCUCUUCGACUCCUUUGGGAUUUGCAGCAGCUGCGCAUGCGACCAGAACGCACCAGCUACGACGGUGUCUGCGGCAGUUGCGAGCGUUUCGGACAGCCGGGACAACUGGGGCAGCUUCAUGAAUCUCUGCUGUACAUGAGUGCCGGAUGUUAACGUGAUUGAUGAAUCCAGGUUGAGAUGUGUGGUUUCCACUGUUUCAACCUUGCGGGUUGCACUGAAAGUCAGCAAUCUGACCCAGGGCUUAAAAAAAGGUCGCAUAUGUGAGAGUAUCCCAGCAAAA